AUUUCACUGUCUCUAUCCUUUCCCCUGCCGCAUCGCCCCUCUAAAAAAGGCUAAGCUUUAUUGCCAUUGCAGUCCCCCGUCAUGUGCCUCUGUGCUUCCCCCCAACCCCACCACCGCUGCUAUUUAUCGCACCCAAACGUCGUCCGCUCACCAAUCCGCGUUGCCAGAAAAAUUUCCGAUCAAGAUGUCUCGUCAAAGUGGCGAAGGGAGUGCGCGUCAUGGAAGGGACGAGUCGCAAUCGCCAUCACACGCGGAGCGCGUGGUUAAGCAACGCCGUGAUGAAUUCCGUGCGCCUCAGGAUAGACCGAGUUCUUCGAGGUUGUCGGAGUCCUCAUCAAGCUUUGCAGGUAGAGCCUCCGGUCAUCCUGCGACAGCGCCAGGAAGUUCAAGGCCACCGGUGGCUUCCGGGUCUUCAAAGCCGGCCGCCGGUGGCCAUCAAGGAACUGGCGCUUCGUCCGGGUUUCGGAACCGUCGGGAUGAAAUGUCUGGUUCGCGCUAAUCAUUUCUUUGUCCGCGCCGCGGGUGUUGGCAAAAUAACUCAAUACGAGAUCAGUAUGGAUCCAGAGGUGAGGUCUAGACCAGUAUGCAGGGCCUUGAUGAAGGAAUUGAUUAAGCAGUUUGGCGAUUCACACCUUGGUCAGUGUCCACUUGUAUACGAUGGACGUUAUAUCUUUUACACUGCUGGUUCACUUCCAUUUGUGACACAUCAAUUUACAGUAAUUCUGAUUGAUAAAGAUAAAGAUGGGGGGUAA